GGGUGCGGGUGCGUGUUCUCGUGCAUGUUGUUGACACUUCCUGUUUCAGUGCACAGAGAGAGAGCGCGCUGGGAGUGGUGGCACGCGGACACGGCGAGGAUUAAUGGACUUCAUGGUGGUUUCGUUCCCGUUGACGCCCUGAUUCCUGUUUCCUUUUUCCCCAUUCAUUAAUCUGCAGCUGUGUUUCGACCAGAAGGCACAGAGGAGUGAUCCGUUCACACCUGCUGGAUCUGGACUUCGUGGAUCUGGACUCGGUGGUUCUGGACUCGGUGGUUCUGGACUCAGUGGAUCUGGACUCAGGGGAUCUGGUCUGGAUUAACGAUCUGACCGUGUGGACCGGGACUGUUCUGGUCUUACUGAGACUCUGAGAUGCAGCUGAUCAACAGUAAAGUUGUGACUGUGAUUCUGCUGUCACUUCUGCUGCUGGGAGUGCUGUAUUGCUACCUCUACCAGUCCAGAUUCGUGAGCUUCAGGCUGAACGACGCCAGUCGAGAGAACGGACCUCCUGCUGAUGUCAUCCCUGUGAGUUAUGAGCUCCACCUGGUGGCUCCUGAUCAUCUGCAGUACAAACAGCCGAGCCUCACACAGGGUCGUACCGACGUGGUGACGGUGACGCCCUGGUUGGCUCCUAUUGUCUGGGAGGGUUGCUUUAACCCGGUUCUACUCGACAGCAUCUACAAACCAAAGAACAUCACCGUCGCCGCCACCGUGUUCGCUGUCGGAAAGUACAUCAUGUUCCUGAAAGACUUCCUGGAGACGGCAGAGAAGCACUUCUUCGUUGGUUUCAAGGUGCAUAUUUACGUGUUCACCGACCGGCCGACCGAGGUGCCCCAAGUCAAAAUGGCCGCCGGCAGACAGAUGACGGUGCGUUCGGUGCCCAGCUCCAAUCGUUGGCAGGAGAUCUCUGCUCGGAGGAUGGAGCUCAUCCAGACGCUGACAGAGGAUCUUCGUAACCACACCGACUACAUCUUCUGUUUGGACGUCGACUCUCGGUUCCACGGCCGCUGGGGGACCGAGUCAUUGGGCGCACUGGUCGCCGUGGUACAUCCAGGUUACUACAGGGACGACCGGAGUAGGUUCCCCUACGAGCGGAGAACCGUGUCCAGAGCUUACGUGGGUCCUGGGGAGGGGGACUUCUACUACUGUGGGGGGGCGUUUGGAGGCCUCCUGCAGGAAGUACACCUGCUCGCCAAAACUUGCCGCUCCAACUUUGAGGCUGACGCCCGGGAAGGCAUCGAGGCUGCCUGGCAGGAGGAGAGUCACCUGAACAGGUACAUGUGGAUCAACAAGCCCAGUAAGGUGCUCUCACCUGAGUACCUGUGGCAGGACUUCAAACCCAGAAAUGGUGAACUUCACAUCAUCAGAUUCUCCGGAGUCGUCAAGAACUACGCUGCGAUCCGACCCAACCCCUGAGAGUCCGGACCGGACCGAACCUCCAAGAAAACAUCACGGUUUGGAACCGGUUCACACCUGUCUCUAACACCUGAGGCUUACCCACAACCCACCUCUUCACCUGACGUCUGGCGUCAGUCAGUCAGUCCUAAUUUGAACGGCUAAAAGACUUCACAGAAUUAUCGUACACUAAAGAAGCACUUCCUGUCGUUACACGGCGUCACGGCCUGAUCCGUCCCGCCGACGCUCUCAGGACCGUUAGCUAGCGUUCGUCAGCUCUUCUUUAACUCUCUAAAUCUAUCAGGUUUAGUUUUACGUACCUUUUUUUAGCCGUCACAUUAGCCGAAGCUUCUGUUCUUUUUGCAUCUAGUGUCUUACUUAUUUAACUAUGAAACUCAGGUGACCUACACUAAGCACUGUGCCUGAAUGCAUCACGUGUGACACUAAUGCAUGAAGCUGUUGUUUUUCUUUCCAGACGAGUUGUGACCGAGGAUGUUGUUAGUGGCCAAACAAGAAAUAGCCGUUAUAGAACAAAAGGGGGCUUCUGCGGGUCCUCAACCCUCUGAGGUCUAAAGCCUCGUCCACACCGGGACCGUCAGCAGCGUGGCGGCAGCGUUACCUGAUGUUUUUUUAUUUUGGCGUCUGUGUUAACAGGUUAGAGCAGCCACACUGCCCGCGUGAAAUGCGCGACUCGACUGCGUCUCUUCUAGAGAUUCGAGGUCUCGUCUAUUUUUGACACGAGCUGUGCGGUUCACAGCAACAACAGACAGUGAAGGUGAUCUAUUGACUGUAUAUUAACAUCAUAUCAGAAACAUAACUACAGUUUACACGUUUAUCUGUAGAAUAUGUUACGGGAUGAAAAAAAAGUAAAGACUUAAAUCAACACUUCCUGCUUUCAUUUCAAAAUAAAA